GUUUUUGGUGUUUGAAAGAGUCAGGAUGGGCGAGGCGCUACUGUCGACCCUUCCAGCUGGAGGAGAUCAUUGCGCGGCUUCUUCUGCCAGGGGAGGCACUGGAUUCGCGACCGUCGCAGCGUCAUGGCGCCGGCGACGAGACAAUCCCAGGUUUUCUAGCUUCUCGAGUUCCAGGGGAAGAUCUGGAAGACGUCUCGUGGUUACAUUCUCUAGCAAUUCGGAGCCGCAAGGAAAGAAUGAUAGCCUCCAGCUCUAUGGACAGAUCGAGAAGGUUUUUGUGGACUCUGCGAUGAAAGCACAAGGAACUCUUGGACGCUGGCAAGAAAUCCAAGGAGCAUGGAUUCUAAGACCGAGCAAAGGAGAUCCUGUUGGAGUUGUCCAUUUUGUGGGUGGUGUUUUUGUGGGAGCUGCUCCACAGAUCACGUAUCGCUUGUUUCUGGAACGCCUUGCAGAGAGAGGAUUCUUGAUCAUAGCAACGCCAUUCGCGAGUGGCUUCGACCACUUGAAGAUCGCUGACGAGACGCAGUUUAAGUUUGAUCGCUGCAUAAGAGCCUUGAAAGAGCAAUCUUUGGAAUCACUGCCUAGCUUUGGUGUCGGGCAUUCUCUAGGAGCACUGGUACAUCUUCUUAUUGGAGCCCGUUAUGCAGUGGAACGGGCAGGCAACGUUCUGAUGUCUUUCAACAACAAGGGGGCCAAGCAAGCAAUUCCUUUGUUCUCACCGGUUGCAGUUCCAAUGGCUCAAAACCUCGGGCCCCUCCUCACACAAAUCAGCAACUCUCCCACCGUUCGCUUCGGGGCAGAAAUGGCAAAGAGGCAACUCGAAACUCUCAGUCCGCCACUCGUGAAGCAGAUCCUUCCUCUUGUCGAGCAGCUUCCCUCCUUGUACAUGGAGCUGGCAAACGGUAAAGAAGACUUCACUCCAACCGUAGAAGAUGCAACUAGAUUGAUAAGAUCCUACUAUGGCAUCAGACGUAAUCUACUGGUGCGUUUCAAGGACGAUGUGAUCGACGAAACUCCGGAGCUGGCCAAGAUCUUGAGCUCGAGCUCUGCUGUGAGCAUGAGCCUCGACUUGUCAGUGAGGACGUUAUCUGGAGAUCACGCCAGGCCUCUCCAGCAGGUAUUUCCCGAGGUUCCUGGCGUGAUGGCUGACGCUGUGACGCGAGGAAGCGAUUUGCUAGCAUCGCUAGCGGCGGGCACUCUUUUCGAAGGGGUGGCCAAAGAGGUUGGGCAGACUUUUGGAUCUGAUCCAGCGUCUCAGCGGCUUCGCCAGCAGCUUCUGGAAGAUAUCGAAAACUUGGUGGAAGAAAUCGCAGCGUGGAUGCUAUUGUCGAUACAAAGCCGUGCUGAGUAACGAAUAUGUAUGUAAGUGUGUAUAUUAAUUCUGAUUUAGACCCUGCAUGGUUGACAAAACAACUAUAGGAAAUAUACUAAUCUUCAGAUUUUGAAUGGUUGUGAAAA